AGAGAGUCACCAUAUCCUCUUAUUUCAGUCACAGAGGCCUUAAAAAUAGUAUUAGAACAUUCUCAAAUAAUGAAAACCGAAUCUGUGAGUAUCACUGAGGCCUUGGGUAGAUAUUUAGCCGAAGAUAUUUUCGCCAAAGAUGCUCUUCCUCCUUUUCCUGCUUCCAUCAAAGAUGGUUAUGCUGUUGUUGCUGCUGAUGGUGAUGGUCUACGAACUGUUAUUGGUGGCUCAACUGCAGGGGAUAUGCCAAAGUCAAAAGUUUGUCCUGGUAUAUGCAUGAGAAUCAAUACAGGUGCCCCUCUUCCACCAGGUGCUGAUGCUGUUAUUCAAGUUGAGGAUACAGUUCUAACCAAGUAUUCUGAAGAUGGUAAAAUUGAGCUUGAAAUUAAGUUGAUGUUAGUACCAAAGCUUGAUCAAGAUAUUCGUCGAGUUGGAUCAGAUAUUGCUCAAGGGUCACAAGUACUUUCCAAAGGUCAACGAUUGGGUCCAGCUGAACUUGGUCUCUUGGCAACUGUUGGUGUAACAUUGGUUUCAUGUUAUGCUCUUCCAGUUGUUGGUGUAAUGUCGACAGGUGAUGAACUAGUAGAACCAGGACAGGAGUUGAAAGAAGGCCAGAUUCGAGAUAGCAACAGAACAGCAUUGUUGUCUCAGCUGAAAGAUUUUGGUGUGAAUCCUAGAGAUCUUGGUAUUGCUCCUGACACUCCCGAUGGAUUGUUACAGUUCAUGAAGAAAUCAUUGGAAGUUGCUGAUGUGAUUGUCACAACUGGUGGUGUUUCAAUGGGCGAGAAGGAUUUUGUGAAGCAAGUUCUUGAGAAAGAUUUUAAAGCUACUAUUCAUUUUGCCAGGGUAUUUAUGAAACCAGGAAAACCUACCACAUUUGCUACAAUGCAGCAUUGUGGUAAAAAGAAACUGUUUUUCAGUCUUCCAGGGAACCCUGUCUCUGCUCUAGUCACAUGUAACCUCUAUGUCAUACCCUCUUACCAUAAGAUGAUUGGGUCACCAAACCCUAAGAGAACAGUCAUCAAAGCCAGGAUCUCUCAAGAUGUCAGAUUAGAUGCAAGGCCAGAGUAUCAUCGUGCUGUUCUCUCGUGGGAAGAUGGGGAACCCUUGCCUUUGGCAGUUAGCACUGGGAACCAAAUCAGCAGUCGUUUACUGAGUCUUAGCUCUGCUAAUUCUUUGCUGAUGUUACCUCCAAAAUCAGACAGUCAAACUAUUAUUAAGAAAGGGGAAAUUGUUGAUGCAAUGAUUAUUGGUAGGAUAUCAUGA